GCCGGCCUCCGCUGCAGUCCUUGGCGCCAGAGACGCCGCAGCAUCUCAGCACUAGAGGCUUCUCUGCUCGCUCCUGGUUCAUCCUUCGUCCUCUACCUCAUCUGGCGCCAUGGCGAAGCCAUUGACAGACAGUGAGAGGCAGAAGCAGAUCAGUGUGCGUGGCAUCGCCGGGCUAGGCGACGUGGCCGAGGUGCGGAAGAGCUUCAACAGGCACCUGCACUUCACGCUGGUCAAGGACCGCAAUGUGGCCACUCCCCGCGACUACUUCUUCGCUCUGGCACACACGGUUCGCGACCACCUAGUGGGCCGCUGGAUCCGCACGCAACAGCAUUACUACGAGCGGGACCCCAAGCGUAUCUACUACCUUUCCCUGGAAUUCUACAUGGGCCGCACACUGCAGAACACCAUGGUGAACCUGGGCCUUCAGACUGCAUGCGAUGAAGCCACUUAUCAGUUGGGGUUGGACUUGGAAGAACUAGAGGAAAUAGAGGAGGAUGCUGGCCUUGGGAAUGGCGGCCUGGGGCGGCUGGCAGCUUGCUUCCUUGAUUCGAUGGCCACGCUGGGUCUAGCUGCGUAUGGCUAUGGAAUCCGCUAUGAAUUUGGGAUUUUCAACCAAAAGAUUGUCAAUGGCUGGCAGGUUGAAGAAGCUGAUGACUGGCUGCGCUACGGAAACCCAUGGGAGAAGGCGCGGCCGGAGUACAUGCUGCCUGUGCACUUCUACGGGAGGGUGGAGCACACCCCUAACGGUGUCCUCUGGCUGGACACACAGGUGGUACUCGCCAUGCCCUAUGACACCCCAGUGCCUGGGUAUAAGAACAACACCGUCAACACCAUGAGGCUCUGGUCUGCCAAGGCACCCAAUGACUUCAAGCUGAAGGACUUCAACGUUGGGGACUACAUCGAAGCUGUCCUGGACAGGAACUUGGCCGAGAACAUCUCCAGGGUCCUGUAUCCCAAUGACAAUUUCUUCGAGGGAAAGGAGCUGCGGCUGAAGCAGGAGUAUUUUGUGGUGGCCGCCACCCUCCAGGACAUCAUUAGAAGGUUCAAGUCGUCCAAGUUUGGCUGCCGGGAUCCAGUGAGAACCUGUUUCGAGACCUUCCCAGACAAGGUAGCCAUCCAGCUGAAUGACACCCAUCCCGCGCUGUCCAUCCCCGAGCUCAUGCGGAUCCUGGUGGACGUGGAGAAGGUAGACUGGGAUAAGGCCUGGGAGAUCACCAAGAAGACCUGUGCCUACACCAACCACACUGUGCUGCCUGAGGCCUUGGAGCGCUGGCCCGUGUCUAUGUUCGAGAAGCUGCUGCCGCGACACCUGGAAAUCAUCUACGCCAUCAACCAGAGGCACCUGGAUCACGUGGCUGCCCUGUUUCCCGGCGAUGUGGACCGCUUGAGGAGGAUGUCUGUGAUUGAGGAAGGGGACUGCAAGAGAAUCAACAUGGCACACCUGUGUGUGAUUGGGUCCCACGCCGUGAACGGGGUGGCAAGGAUUCACUCCGAGAUCGUGAAGCAGUCUGUCUUCAAGGACUUUUAUGAGCUGGAGCCAGAGAAGUUCCAGAACAAGACCAAUGGUAUCACGCCCCGACGGUGGCUGCUCUUGUGCAAUCCGGGGCUGGCAGAAAUCAUUGUGGAGAGAAUCGGGGAAGGUUUCCUGACUGAUCUGAGCCAACUGAAGAAGCUGCUGUCACUGGUUGAUGAUGAGGCCUUCAUCAGGGAUGUAGCCAAGGUCAAGCAGGAAAACAAGCUGAAGUUCUCCGCCCAGCUAGAGAAGGACUACAAGGUGAAGAUCAACCCUGCGUCCAUGUUUGACGUGCACGUCAAGAGGAUCCACGAGUACAAGCGGCAGCUGCUCAACUGCUUACACAUCAUCACCCUGUACAACCGAAUAAAGAAGGAUCCAACCAAGACCUUUGUGCCCAGGACUGUUAUGAUUGGAGGCAAGGCAGCUCCUGGUUACCACAUGGCUAAGAUGAUCAUCAAGCUGGUCACAUCCAUUGGAGAUGUUGUCAAUCAUGAUCCAGUUGUGGGCGACAGGCUCAGAGUGAUCUUCCUGGAGAACUACCGUGUGUCUUUAGCUGAGAAAGUGAUCCCGGCCGCCGACCUGUCACAGCAGAUCUCCACUGCGGGCACUGAGGCCUCGGGCACCGGCAACAUGAAGUUCAUGCUCAACGGAGCUCUCACCAUCGGCACCAUGGAUGGUGCCAACGUGGAGAUGGCCGAGGAGGCCGGGGAGGAGAACCUCUUCAUCUUUGGUAUGCGGGUGGAAGAUGUUGAAGCCUUGGACCAGAAAGGGUACAAUGCCAGAGAAUUCUACGAGCGCCUGCCUGAGCUGAGGCAGGCUGUGGAUCAGAUCAGCAGUGGCUUCUUUUCUCCCAAAGAUCCAGACUGCUUCAAGGAUGUGGUUAACAUGCUGAUGUACCAUGACAGAUUCAAGGUAUUUGCAGACUAUGAAGCCUACAUCCAAUGCCAGGCCCAGGUGGACCAUCUAUACCGGAAUCCCAAGGAUUGGACUAAAAAGGUGAUCAGAAAUAUAGCCUGCUCUGGCAAAUUCUCCAGUGACCGGACCAUCACUGAGUACGCCCGGGAGAUCUGGGGUGUAGAGCCCUCUGACCUGCAGAUCCCACCCCCUAAUCUCCCCAAAGACUAAUUCUUCCACACUGAGACCAGUGGCUUGUGUGGCUGACUGUGCCCAUGCCAGUCUUCAGGCACUGCAAGCAGCUGCUGGUCCCAGCUAUCCCAAGUGCUAUGUUUCCGGGAAGGACCAUGGGAAUGGUUUUGAGGACCUGGAUAAGGAAGAAGUAUGUGGCAUCCUCUUGGUUUCUUACAGAAGAACUCUUGCAGAGUUCAUAGCACAGAUGGGCAAAGAUGGUCCCCACAGCUUCAACCCAUCAUCAUCCCCAGAGGAUGAGGAGGGAGAGGGUGAAGCUGAGCCCCCAGAAUCCUCCACAUAGCUGAGUGAACUUAAGCCUUUAGUUUUGGGGGUCUGAAUAGGGAUCUGUGAUGGAGCCAGUAUUCCUAUGUGUUCUGCUAAUACCCGGGUCACUAGCUGUAGGUUAGAGCCAACCCCAGUGUGUGGUCUUGUUGGCCUGCUGGGUAGAGCCUUUUCUUCAGGUUUCAUGCUCACAGUUUGUCCUUUGCCCUUGGCUGAAUUGAGUAUCUGGGUGGUUGAUCCAUAUGGGGCCAUGCCUCUGUAGCCAUCUGUAGAACCUUGUGGGUGUCGUGUAGAACCCAGAACCCUGAAGAGGAGACUAAAGAGAGACCUUUAUCCCAUAUUUGAGGCCUUGGUUAAGGACUGGCAAUUUUAAAGACAGUUGGCUUAGUCCUUUGCUUUUUCAACAGGAAAUAACACUUCAUGAGGAAUUGAAACUAGCUAAAGCCUUCCUUUUUUGCAAGUAAACCUUGUACUUGGUCAGUCUGGAUAUUUCUGCCUGGCUGACUCAGCUGCUAGUCCUGCAGUAGGGCCUGGUUCCCACUCUGCUACGGCAGCACAGUGAGGAAGAGCGGUUAAGCCCACCCACUACAGGAGCCAUGCUCCUCCCUGAGGGCAGAGUAGGUUGUCCGAGAACUACAUAAAACUCCUUCCAGAGAUUCACCACCUUGCGUUGCUGUAUCUGGUUCGGGAUGGGCAGGAAAACGCCUCACUUUCCUCAACCCUGGCAGUGUUUACUGGGAAGUGUCUGUUUUCAGCACUCAAUUCACCGGAACCACUGUGGUAGCUUUUGGGGGUGGGUGGACAGGUUCUGGGGCUGGUCAUCUGCUGCCCUGUGCAUGAGAUCACCCCUCUACUAUUUACUGUUACCUCCUUGUAAGAGAAAUGGAUUAAACUUCUAUGCCCAUGGUUGGCCAA